GUGCCCCUUUAAAUGCUCAGAUUUUGGAGUUGAACAACGAGGUGGCAGCCAUGAAGCUUCAACAGCAACAGCUCACCAACGAGCUGGAGUUUAUCCAGACACAACAGAGAGAGCUGGAAGAGGUGUUGGUACCACUGGAGAGACAAACCGCAGACGUUCCCACCAACACGGAUCCAGAGAGAGAGCACACAUACCACAUGGCUGAAACUUUGGACACUCAACUGAAGCAGAUGAGCGAAGAUUUGAGGGAAAUUAUUGAAAACCUCAACGAGUCCAGUAGAACACAAGACAACUCCGAUCCGGUACGUCUGUUAUUCUCCCAUUAAUCUUUUUAGUUUUAU